UUUCAGCCUGUGGUCUUUUGAAUAGGAGUCGUGUCUGCUUUAUCUUCAUUUGCCUGCUGGUUUGUGUAUCUUUCCCUUUCUCUAAUCAGCGAUUGGACGGAGCGAUAGGAGGUCCUGGAACAUGCAAACUCAAGCAAAUCUCUCAGGGGACGAGGGCCAGGGGGAGGAAGAGGAGAAGGAUGCUUUGAUGCCCCAGUGACAGCCCUAAGUCAUCUGGUUCUCUCCUGAGGGUUGUACUGCUGUGUCCAACCUUGAGUCAACGGAAGAACCAUCUAGACACACACAGAGACACUUACUCCUACAAGCAAGCAACUCUCUAGCUGGACACGCUUGUCUUCUGUCUCCGCAGCAGCAACUCAAGGGUCCAAAACCAGGAGGUGGGCCAAGGAACUCUUUUCUUUCCAACAUCAGAUUGAGAUUGCCUAAAUCUGAGAAACAUGGAGUACACAUUCAGAGCAGUAACCCACAAUCCUGGGAUUAUAAUCUGGCGAAUCGAGAAAAUGGAGCUUGUGCAAGUCCCUGAAAAAUCCCUUGGCAAUUUCUACGAGGGUGACUGCUACAUCCUACUCUCUACCCAGAAAGUGGGCAGCUCUCUGAUCUAUGACAUCCACUACUGGAUCGGCUCCCAGUCCAGUCAGGAUGAACAGGGUGCGGCCGCCGUCUACACCAUCCAGCUGGAUGAGUUCCUGGGAUCAGGGCCUGUCCAGCACCGUGAGGUCCAGAACUAUGAGUCUGAUGCCUUCCGAGGAUACUUCAAACAAGGGGUCAUCUAUAAGAAGGGCGGGGUGGCGUCAGGAAUGAGACACACAGAGACUAACAGUUAUGACAUCCAGAGACUGCUGCAUGUGAAAGGGAAGAAAAGGAUAAGCGCCAUGGAGGUAGAGAUGAGCUGGGAAAGCUUCAAUCUUGGGGAUGUCUUUCUGUUGGACUCUGGUAAGACCAUCAUUCAGUGGAAUGGACCAGAGAGCAACAGACAGGAGAGGCUCAAGGGCAUGCUGCUGGCUAAAGACAUUCGGGACCGGGAGCGAGGGGGUCGGGCGGAGAUAGGAGUGAUAGAAGGGGACACAGAGGGGAACUCCUCUAAACUGAUGGAGAUCCUUACUAGUAUCCUGGGGCAACGGACCUCCAAGCUUCUCAAUGGAAUGCCUGAUGAAACUGCCGACCAACAACAGAAAGCUCAGCUUACUCUGUACCAUGUGUCUGAUGCUGAGGGCCAGAUGAAAGUCACAGAAGUUGCCACCAGGCCACUGGUUCAGGACCUGUUAAAUCAUGAUGACUGUUACUUCCUAGACCAGGGAGGGGUGAAGAUCUUUGUGUGGAAGGGGAAGCGAGCCAACAAGGCCGAGAGACAGGCUGCCUUUUCCAGAGCUUUGGAGUUCAUUAAGCUGAAGAACUACUCCACCACCACCAACGUGGAGACAGUGAAUGACGGGGCCGAGUCGGCCCUCUUUAAGCAGCUGUUCCAGAGCUGGAGUGUGAAGGACCAGACUGUAGGCCUGGGAAAGACACACAAUGUGGGGAGAGUGGCCAUUGUGACUCAGGAGAAGUUUGAUGCCACACGGAUGCAUGUGAUGCCAGAAGUAGCGGCACAGGAGCGCAUGGUGGACGAUGGCACUGGUCAGGUGGAGGUGUGGCGUAUCGAGGACCUGGAGCUGGUCCCAGUGGAACCCCAGUGGCAUGGCUUCUUCUAUGGAGGAGACUGCUACCUGGUGCUCUACACUUAUGAGGUCCACAACAAGCUAAACUACCUCCUCUACAUGUGGCAAGGGCGCCAUGCCUCUCAGGAUGAGAUAGCAGCAUCUGCCUUCCAGGCCGUGGCCCUGGAUCAAAAGUAUGGCAACCAGCCUGUACAAGUGAGGAUCACCAUGGGCAAGGAACCCAGACACUUUAUGGCCAUGUUCAAGGGUAAAAUGGUUAUCUUUGAGGGCGGUACCUCCAGAAAAGGCGUGUCUGACCCAGAGCCAUCCGUCAGAUUGUUCCAGGUCCGCGGUUCUGAUGCCUCUAACACCAAAGCCAUCGAGGUGCCUGCCCUAGCAGCUUCGCUCAACUCCAACGAUGUCUUUCUGCUGAGGAGCCAGUCAGGGAUUCACCUGUGGUGUGGCAAGGGAUCAAGUGGGGAUGAGAGGGCCAUGGCUAAGGAGGUCAGCUCUGUGAUUGGACAGCACUCGACUGCUGAAGUGAUCAUGGCAGAGGGUCAGGAGCACAUUGAAUUCUGGAAUUUACUUGGAGGGAAGGCCCCUUAUGCCAACAGCAAGAGACUACAGCAGGCUGCUCUGGAUCAUCAGCCGCGCCUCUUUGAAUGCUCCAAUAAGACUGGCCGUUUCAUCGUUACCGAGGUGACCCAGUUCACCCAGGAUGACCUCAGUGAGGAUGAUGUCAUGCUGCUAGACACGUGGGACCAGGUCUUCCUCUGGGUGGGGAACGAGGCCAAUGAGGUGGAGAGGAAGGAAGCGGUGGUCACCAGUCAGGAGUACCUGCGUACCCACCCAGGGUCCCGGGACCCUGACACCCCUAUCCUCCUCAUCAAGCAGCGGUAUGAACCCCCCACCUUCACCGGCUGGUUCACCGCCUGGGACCCCUCCAAAUGGAGUGGUGGGAAAACGUACGAAGAGCUGAAGAAAGAGUUGGGUGAGGUGACAUCCCUCGUAAGGAUCACAAAUGGGCAGAAUGGUGUUGAGACCAGGAAAAGCUUCCAGUCUUACCCACCAGUGGACCUGAUCAACAAACUAGCCAAUGAGCUGCCUGAGGGUGUCGACCCCACCCAGAAGGAGAAACAUCUCUCAGACUCAGACUUCAGUGCCAUAUUUGGAAUGUCUAAAGACCACUUUGCCAGCCUGCCUCAAUGGAAGCAGCUGAGCAUUAAAAAAGGCAAAGGCUUAUUUUAAGGGGAAUUCAUCUCUCAUCAUGUUGUACCAAUUUCCAGAUGUUUAAAUUUGCCAAGCAUACUAAUUGUACUUUGUUCAAAAUGAAUUUCAAUUGAUGUCUUAUUAUUUCAAUCUAAUGACAGUUGGUCAACAACAACAAAAAAACCUGCACUUGUCUGUUCCUAAUUGUGCAUUUAAAAAAGAUGUCCCUAUAUUGUACUAUAUACUGUAUGUCUGCCUCUCAAUUAAGCAUAUAGAUGUCCAUGUUGAAUACGAUCAACCUAAUCCAAAAGUCAAUGUGUAUUCUGAAUGAUUGUUUUAUUGACUCUUCUGAGUUCCGACCACACACUACUACCAUAUCUCCUGUAGUUUUGUUGAAUGUAAUAUGGUAUGGAGGGACUUAAUAUACAAAUAAAAAAGGGGAAAUGUUAUGUGUAUCUCAUCUUGUAGUGCAUAAGUCCUGAGUUAGAGUACACCUCCCCAUCCAGCUUCAAUAAAUUGUUGUUAAUAAUGUCAAAGUCAAA